AAAAUUAAAAAUGAAAACGGGCUAGGCAUGUGACUCAGUGGUAAAUUGCCCCUGGGUUAAAUCCCCAGUUUAAAAAAAAAAUGAAUAAAAGAUAUAAGGCAACUCCAUUAGAAAAUGAACCAAAAUUUCAAGCAGCAAUUGCCAAAGAAGCUAUAUAAAUUGUCAUUGACUUAUAAAAUUGUGUUCAAGUUUAUUAACCACAAGAAAAUGCAAAUUAAACCCCAAAUGCAGAAAACUCUACAGGCCUAUAAAAAUACAUGAAAUAAGAGGAGAAAAAAGUGUAGGCAUCAAUGUGGAGGAACUGGAAUGUUCAGACACUUCUGGUGGGAGCAUAUAUUAGUACUACGGAGGUGUCUACUAAGACAUAGCCUGUGAUCCAUUCUAGAAAUAAGCCCAAGAGAAAUUUCUACAUAAAAGGCAUAUGCAAGAAUUUUUAUAGUCAAAUAUUGUUUUUAAUAGCUGAAAGUAUAAACAAACCAAAUGUUCACCAACAGCAAAAUGGAAAGACAAAUGUUGCUAUGGAUGGGCCUUACAACCAUCCCAUUAAAGGAAGCCAAAUGUAAAGAGCAACUGCAAUAGUUUUUGAGGUAAUAACUGUCAGCGGGCAACUGGGGACUUUGGUGGUCUCUGUUUUGAUCCAGGUAAUAAUUACACUGACUUGUUCACUUGAGUAUUAAUCAAGCUGUCCUCGUAUGAUUGAACUGUACGUAAACAUGUAAUAUAUUAUUAUAUAACAUUAUUAUUAAGAAUUGAAAGUUCACUUGAGAAGUCGAUAUGUCUCUUCUUAGCGUUUUCACCCACUCUGCCUCUUGGAAGUGAAUCUGCUGCUGUCUUGGCGUGGUGGCUGCAGGACUGUAAUCCCGGUGGCUCAGGAGGCGGAGGCCUGAGGAUUAUUGAGUUCAAAGCCAGCCUCAGCCAUUUAGCGCGGACCUAAGCAAUUUAGAGAGACUGUCUCGGAACAAAAAAAGGGCUGGGGGCUGUGGCUCAGUGUUUAAGCAUCCCCGAGGUUUAAUCCCCAGUAAUCAAAAAGGUAGACAGAAAACAGUGGCCUCUCUCCCCCUGGCCCUGCCUCCCGCCUAUUUCUUCCUUUUUCCUUAGCUUCAAAUAGGAGUCAAAUCCAGUGGGCUCCUCUUUGGAGAGAGACUCGCUGGCCCAGGCCGCCCAGGUUCAACAGCAGGGCCGCUGGGCUCCGCGCACGUGGCGCAGUCCCUGCCUUCUCGCAGGGUGCGAGGCCGGACCGCACCUCGCGCUCCCAACUGCCCUGUGGCUGGCCAACGGCCACAUUGGGACUGGGAUCCGGAUCGCUAGCCAUGUUGCGCGUCCUCCUCCUUCUCGGCGGGCUGGGUGGACUCAGCGGGUACAGCCCCCGCCACAGAGAACACAAUUAUGAAAGACUACACGUGCAAGUUACGGUUCCAGUGAAAAUACGGUCAAUUAAAAACGGAGGAUUUGAAUCACAUGUGGCCUACAACAUUACAAUUGAGGGGAAAACAUAUACUAUGAACCUAACGCAAAAAGUAUUUUUGCCUCAUAAUUUUAAAGUUUAUGGUUAUGAUGGUACAGGAAUCAUGAAGCCUCUUGAUAAAGAUUUUCAGAAUUUCUGCUACUACCAAGGAUUUGUUGAAGGUUAUCCAAAUUCUAUGGUGAUGGUUAGCGCAUGUACUGGAUUAAGGGGCUUACUGCAGUUUGAAAAUGCUACCUAUGGAAUUGAACCCCUGGAAUCUUCAGUGGGCUUUGAACAUGUAAUUUACCAAGUGAAAUAUAAGAAUGAAACUGUUUCUUUAUAUACUGAGAAGGAUAUUGAAAUAAAAAAUCUGCCCUAUAAAAUACAAAGCAUAGAGCCACAAGAGAUGGCUCAGUAUUUAGAAAUGCAUAUUAUAGUUGAAAAACAUUUGUACGAUCAUAUGGGUUCAGAUACUACUAUUGUCACGCAAAAAAUUUUCCAGUUGAUUGGACUGACGAAUGCUAUUUUCACCUCCUUUAACCUUACCAUAAUUCUGUCUUCACUGGAGCUUUGGGUAGACGAAAACAAAAUGUCAACCGCUGGAGAUGCUAAUGAGUUAUUACACAGAUUUCUACGAUGGAAAAGAUCUUACCUUGUUUUGCGUCCGCACGAUGUGGCGUUUUUACUUGUUUACAGAGAAAGAACAGAUUUUGUUGGUGCCACCUUUCAAGGGAAGAUGUGUGAGAGGGACUACGGAGGAGGUGUGGCCAUGCACCCCAAAGCCAUAGGUCUGGAAUCACUUGCCAUUAUUUUAGCUCAGUUAGUGAGCUUGAAUAUGGGGAUAUCAUACGAUGACGUCAAGAAAUGCCAUUGCCCAGGAACUAUCUGUAUAAUGAACCCAGAAGCAAUUCAUUCCAGUGGUGUGAAGAUCUUCAGUAACUGCAGUAUGGAAGAUUUCGCACAUUUUGUUUCAAAGCAAAAGUCCGAGUGUCUUCAGAAUCAUCCACGCUUAGAGCCGUCUUACAAGCAGGCGGCGGUGUGUGGGAAUAAGGUUGUGGAGCAAGGAGAAGCCUGUGACUGUGGAACUGAACAGGAGUGUGGGGCAAACAGGCCUGUAUGCUGCGAACACAGUACCUGUGCUCUGACCGCUGGUUCAGAAUGUGCCUCGGGACCCUGCUGUAGUGAAUGUAAAUUUUCCAAAAAAGGACAUGUCUGCCGGUCUGCCGCCAAUGAAUGUGAUCUCACUGAAUACUGCAAUGGCUCGUCUCAAGUAUGUCAAGAAAAUGUCUUUAUCAUAGAUGGGCAUCCCUGUAGCGAAAAUAAGUGGAUCUGCAUCGGGGGAGUGUGUAGAAGUGGGGAUAAACAAUGUGAAGAUCUCUUUGGCCAAGGGUCAAUAUUUGCAUCUGAAGACUGUUACAACGAACUUAACUCUAAGACUGACAUUUCUGGGAACUGUGGUAUAACUGAUGAUGGAUACAAAGCAUGUGAAGCUAAGGAUCGGAAAUGUGGAAAAUUAAUAUGUAAAUAUGGAGGUAGUCAUAUCCUUCAAUUGAAAGAUGCCACUGCCAUUUAUGCCAACAUAACUGGAGACAUCUGUGUUUCUUUGGAAUAUAACAAGGGUCAUGCAGAAAUAAAGAACAUGUGGGUAAAAGAUGGAACUGUUUGUGGUACAAAAAAGGUGUGCAAGGAGAAGGAAUGUGUAGACAAUUCAUACCUGAAUUAUGACUGCACACCAGAAACUUGCAACAAUCAAGGUGUAUGCAAUAACAAAAGAAACUGUCACUGUAAUGCCGAUUUUGUACCUCCUAAAUGCCAAGAAGAAAGGGAAGGCUCAGGAGGGGGGAGUAUUGACAGUGGCAAUCAUGAAAAUACUGCUGCUGCCACUGAAAGGCGCUUCAUUGAGCGUACUUAUUACGAGUCCAGAACUUCAAGAUGGCCAUUUUUCUUAGUUAUUCCUUUCUUCGUGAUUCUCUGUGUACUAAUUGGUAUGCUGGUAAAAGUUCAUUUCCAAAGGAAAAAAUGGAAAUCUGAAGACUAUACAAGUGAUGAGCAGCUUGAAAGCGAGACUGAAUCCAAAGAGUAGUUCGGACAACAAGGAUAUCAUGAUAUCACAAGCAAUUAUCUUCAUUGAACAAGGGGAGGGAAAUGAAAAAGAAAAAAACAGGCAUCACCUGAUUUCUUCAAACUCAAAACCUGCAUAUUAUGAUUUUCAUCUGAACAGAAGCGUUUUCACAUUGACUGUAAAUAUGUACAAUUCCACAGACAAUUCAUUUGCAAGAAAUGAAUGAUUAUGGAUUUUAUAUUAUUUUCCUAAUUAUAAGUUAUCUCACAUUACUUCUGUUAGCCAAAAGGUAUGUUACAGGAAAGGUUAUAACAUAAUAAAUGUGAUGCCAUUAUUAAAGACCACUUCUAUGUUAUAAA